AUGUCGAGGGGUAAGUGUUUUUUACGAACGAUUAUUCACGGAUUUGGCGUUUAGGAGGAUAUGGAAUAUAUUUUUGGCUGCUUGGAAGACAUCUUAAAAACAAAUUUUGUUAUCCAUGAGCUGACGUCAAGUGUAAUAUUUGUGUUAUUUUCAGACCUAACUUGCAAUGAAUCUCUGCCAGAUGAUGGGUCCGGGUUUUCGGUAUGUGUUUAUAUUGUUUUUUCUCAUUUUUAGGUACGAUUUGCAAUAGUUUUUGCAAGAUUUUUGUUUCCGAAUUUUAGCCGUCACAAAAUCGAAAUUUCUCAAACCAAAAUCUCCAACAGACGGCGUCCAGCUCGAUCCAAGCCAUCCGCGACCAGAUCCUGGCCCAACAACAACAGCAGAACCAGAUGGGCCAGCUCAAUUCUCAGGCGACAAACUUUCUAGUCAGUUGUUUUUCCCAACCAUUCAGGUGAUAAGCGGGCGAAAAAGGGAGAACUGAAACACUAAAGUACAUGAGUAGAAAUUUGUAGGAAAUUUUUCGGAACGUGAAACAGUGACGAAACAAGUUUUGCAGGCAUGUUGAGGAGAUUUUGGGAAAAAAUGGAAAAAAAAUUGGCUGAUGGCAAGUAUAAUAUAAAAAAUUUUUGAGAUGUGAGAAAAUUGGAUUGUUUCUUGUUGAUUGUAAAUUUUAGGGAAAUUCUUGAGCCAGAAAGUUAAAAAAAAUUUGUCUUGGGAUAAAUAAACUGAUGGCUAGUGCAAUAUAAUUUUUGUCUGUAAAUCCAUAAAUUGCAUGUGCACGUCAAGCAUAGCUUAUUUUUAGACUCUAUGGUAACUGUUUUUGGGUCUAAAAAAUUUUUUUGAGUGUUUUAUGGACAAAAAUUAUAUUGUACUUGACAAUAAUAUGAUUUGUGGUUCACACAUGCCCAGUUUUAACCUUUUUAUCUCGAAAUGCUCCUAGAAUUUGUUAGAGGUCAUUCUAAAUUCGGUUGGUCCCGUAAAUUGCGUUUUCUCCCGCUUAUCAUCAAAAGUUGUCAUGGAUAACAUAAAAAUUCCAAAGAAUCCACACAAAAAAUCAAUUUUCCCCGUUUCAGAACCAGCCCCAACGAGCGGCGUCCGCAAUGCCCUCAAUGGAGCAAAUCAACGCCCAACUGAACCAACAACAGCCCCAAAAUUCGUCGAAUCAAUUCUUCGGCCUUGAUCAGCGGACCUCGGUCCUGCAGAACACGCUCAUCUCCCAGUACCUGCAACGGCAGAGCCUGGAGAAUGUGCCCACAGCCAGUCUGGCUCAAGCCCUUCUGGCCCAACAGUCCAACAUUUACAACGCCUUACCUCAACUCCAACAACUCUCCAAUAAUUUGAAUCUGAACCAGAAUCUGGGCCAACAACUGAACUUGGCGCGCCUCCAGAGCACCGCCAGCCAACUGGAACAGCUCCAGAACUUCCAACACCAACAACAACAGAGCGAUUUAACCGCCGAACAAAGAGUCCUACUCCUGCAGCUCUUGCAGUCCCAAAAUCAAAACCAACGACAGAAUUUGGGCCAGAACUCGGCCAUCUCUCAACUUCAAACCACCCAAAACUCGGCCCUCAAUCAACUUCAAACCAGCCAAAAUUCGGCUCUAAAUCAACUACAAACCAGCCAAAAUUCGGCGUUAAAUCAACUACAAACCAGCCAAACUUCGGCUCACAACUCGAUAGCCCAAAGCAUCGGAGAGCAAGGCCUCAACCAACUGAAUCAAGCCCGCCUCCUCAGCCACCUAAAUUCCCUGAAUGCCGCCCAACUCGCGGAACUCGUGAAUUCAAACCCGUUGAACACCGGCCUGUUGCAGCGAACCCAGUUCAACCAACAAGCACAGAACAUCCAACAACAGUAUCUGCAACGCCCGUUCACUCCGCAAGUCGUCGUCCCACCACAAUUGGAAUCCAAACUUCAGGUAGGAGGUCAUGGAUAAGAUCAAAGUUUGAGGGCGUUUGGAGGUCUCAGGUGGUGAAUGGGGUCUUGAGAUGAGUUGUGUGGAGAUUAGAGCAUUCAGAACCGGGUUGGAUAAAAAAAAUCAAACGAUUUUUUUUGGUCAAGUAUAAUAUAAUUUUUAUCAUUUUUUUUGAAGAACCUAUGAGUGAAUGCAUUUUUUAGGUUGGAUAUGAGAUAGAAAUGACAUUUGAUUUAAUUUUAAACCAAAAACCCGAAAUAUAUAUAUUAUUGUAGGUCAUGGAGGAUAUAGCUUUGAUGAUUUUUUUGGAAUUUUUGGAUUGAAAUACGAUUUUAGGGCAUUUCUAGGUCGUAAAUGCCUGUUGUAUCGGCGUUAGACCAUAUUUUUGCAAUGAGUUAUAUUGCACUAGGUCAAGUGCAAUAUAAUUUUUGACGGAUUUCGGUGGGUUUGAUGAGUUAAAGGGAGCUAUAGAUGCUUUUGAAGGCUGUAUUUGCAGUUUUCAAAGGUUUUUACAGUUGGAAUUGUAACAUUUUGCUUUUUUUGUCUUCUGCAAUAUAAAAUUCCAGGCGGUGAAACGAAUAGCCGAGCUACGAGAAUCGUGGAGCAAAUUCGGUCCAACCACAAGUAAUUUGAAGGAUGAGCCCUCACAUUCGGCGGGAUCGAGCCAAGUCGAUGCUCCAUCGACGAGUCGACCUCAAGCCGCGUCUCCCAGAAGCAAUAAACGGCCGCACAGUCCGGCAAAAGACGCUCAAAAGGCGGAUGAGACGUUCAGAGAAUUCGAGAAGGUCCGAGCAAAUUUGGGAGCUGAUGAACAACAAAAGUUGUUGGACUUGCUGAAGUCGAUGCAAAAUCGGCCUCAAAGCACAGGCAAGAUUGACAAAAAAUUUGAUAAUUCAGAGAGAUUAUGCCUUAUUUAUGGCAAUGGAAUUUCAGCACCCCCACAAAACACCCUCACCCAAGCCCAUUUGCUCCAACAAACCCUCGAGAUUACGGAAAAAUUGCGGCAGGAGCGGGAACGCCAAGAGCAACAGCAGAAUGUGGCCGCCAACUCCGAAUCCCGCCCCAUGGUCCGACACGUCCCCGGCGAGGAGAUCUUCGAAUCAUUACCCAAAAAACGCCUCCGCAAACAACAAUUCGAACUGGAGCAGGCGGAAAUGGCCAAAGAACAAAAUCAGCGACUUGCGGGUGGAACACCCUUGGCUUCGAACACGUAAGAGAUUGGAAAUUGAAGCAGAAGCGAUGAUGAUGAAUUUAGUGGGGAUUGAAGUUGAUUUCGGGAUAUUUUGCGGAGUUGGACGAUUGGGGAAAGAGACGACUCAUUUUUCUAACAAAAAAUCGCUCCAAAAAUGAAAAUCCUUUCUAAUGUUUUCUUUUCAACCCUUGCAAAUUAUUCUCAUACCAAAAAUAAACCUUUCACUUCUCAAAAUAACGAAAAAUUUCAAAGUUUUCCAAAAUUUUCUAAUAUUUUCCUCUUUUUCCCAGAAAAAAUCGCUCAAAAUGUCGGAACUGGGACGAUUGAAGAAAAAGACGAUUGGAGAAAAGGGCGAUUGGGAAAAGUACGAUUGGGGAAGCCGAAAAGUAUUGUUUUUCUUCGAUACAAGUGUGAAAUUAGGAUAAUCGAGGGUGCUGAUUUCGAAAAUGACAUUCAUUUUUUUUGACAGUUACAUUUUUCUUUAAAUAAUACUGUAAAGUAAUAAUUUUUUGAAUUUUUUUCACAAAUACUCGAUUUGGGGGUUUUCGAGGGUGCUGAUUUCAUUUUUUCUGAUUGGAAAAACAGCACCACCGAAAACCCCAAGUCGAGUAUUAAUGAAAAAAAUCGAAAAAAAGAUACUACUUUACAGUACUACUUAAGGAAAAAAGUACAGUCAAAGUAAAAUUAAUGCCAUUUUCGAAAUCAGCGCUUUCGAUUAUCAUGUUCACCAUUUGCAUCGAAGAAAACCAAUACUUUUCGGUUUCCCCAAUCGUACUUUUCCCCAAUCGUCUUUUUCCCCAAUCGCCUUUUUCCUCAAUCGCCCAGUUCCGAUAUUUUGAACGAUUUUUCCGGGAAAAAAGAGAAAAAGAUCCGAAAAUUUUGGGAAGCUUUGAAAUUUUUCGUUGUUUUGGAAAAUUGAAGGCUUAUUUUUGGUAUGAGAAUAGUUUGCAAGGCUUGAGAAGAAAAUAUUAGAAAGGAUUUUCAUUUUUGGAGCGAUUUUUUGCUAGAAAAAUGAAGAAACUCAACAACUUUUUUGUAUUGUUUUAAGUCUAAAAGUAGGUGUCUGUAAACUUCAAUUUUAGCCAGCCAAUUCUCCCUCAAUCAGCGCCGCCGUCUCAAAUCCCGGCCUACUCGCAAGCAGCACCUAUUACACCAGCAAAUCAUCUACAAGAACAGCCUAGAAAGAGAGGCAGACCACGAACAAAUCCAUUGUCCGUGAAAGCGUCAAAGCCUCCAAAACCGAAAGUUUCGACCGUCAAAGAUGCUGUCGGCGAUUUAUUCUUGAAACCAACACUCCUACAGUCCCCUGGAGAAACCGGUAGGUCAUUUGGAGCUUGAUUUUUGGGUUUAGGAAGGAAAUUUAUAUUACCCAUCAAGUAUAAUUGAUGAAAUUUGAUUUUUUAGCCAUUUCACCGGCUGGAGUGAAGAAAAAGCUCCACAAAAAACCAAAAGAAGAGAUUCUGAAGUCCGCAACGAAAGUAGUGAGGUCGGGAUCAACUUCGGCCAGUUCCUCGUGCUCCGCAACCCCUCUGGCAUCACCAGUUCCACCGGGGAAAAAGAACGGACAAAAAGAAAAGGGCUUGGUGGAUUUGGCCAAAUUGCUGAGGGAUAGAUUCCCGGACCUCAAAUCACUCGGCGACCUCGAGAUUAACGGAAUAAAAGCGUUGGCAGCGAUCUACGAAAGAAGCAAAGAACGGACGGAGAAGGUAGGAGAAUAUAAUUUUUAUAAGAAAUACAGUGAAAUAAAUUAUUUAUAGAGUGUUUUAUGACAUUUAGAAAUGAUUAGGAGAUGCUAGAGUAAUUUUGAGAAACUUUGAGACAGAAUUUUAUAUUACACUUGCCUUCAGAAGCCGGAAAAGUACGAAGAAAUCGAGGAGGAACCCGAAACGGAUGAAGAACCAAAUCUCGCCGACUUUGUGGAAGGCGCCCUCCCUGGCGGACUGAAUGGCCUCGAGGAAUUGCGACAGGAAUGCGAGAAAACGGGCAAAAGUCCCGUGGCACUGAAGAUUUUGGACACGGUCUUCAAAAAUGACGACUUAUUCGAUCUGGCCAAGGUCCAAAUGUACGCCAAUUACUUGGUCAGAGAGAAUCCGAAGAGAGGACCGAAUGGAAUUGUCAAGGAUGUGGAGACGGUACGGAUUUUGAGGAUUUAUAUUGUUGUAGGUGUCGGGGGGUAAAAUGAGGUCGGGAAAGGCUGAUUUUUGCUUGUUUUUGGGAAAUUUCAAGUGUUAAAUAGACGAUAUAAACCUUGAUUUGUCUUUAUAUAACGGUUGGAGUCGAUAUGAAGAAAGAAAAUUGGAAAAAAUUUGGUUUUUUUUUGGAUAUUUUAGCUACUGUGACCUAAAAUAAGGUCGAAAAGUGUCGAUUUUUAAGAUUUUUGAGAAGUUUUGAGUUUAGAAUAGGACGCUUGACCAUUUACUUGAGUAAAUAUAUCAGUUGGACUUGAUUUUAUGAAAUGAAGUUGGGUGGAAUGACAGGGUUUAGUCUUUAGGAAAUAACAUAAGAUAAAAAAGAUUUUUUUGGAAAAGUUGCAGAAUUUUUGUGGAAAAUUACAUGACCAAAGUUUUUGAAUUGAUCAAAAAAAAUUUUCAGGCCCGACUGGACAAGAAUAUUGCGCUGAUGGGCAUGCACGCCACCGAAAUCAACAAAAAAGCCGAAUUCGUGCGCCGCUUCAUCUACGAGUACACGGUCCUCAACCUGAUGAACGAGGAAUACGCGCUGGCGCGUGGAGAAACCCCGAAAGAAGUGUUCGUAGACGGACGACUGCAGAACCUCCGCUUCAGCGCCGACUUUGAGCCCGAGAUCCCCGAAGUGGCCAAGAAUUUGAGUUGCGCCACGUUGGAGGUGAAAUUGAUGGACCAAAUGUACCGAUACCGCUCCGCUUUCUUCAAACAACGGCUUGGGAAGACGAUGGCGGUUCCCAGGAAGAGUGGUCAGAUGAAUCCGGACGAGCUUUUGGUGAUGAAUAUGGACGUGACCGCGACUGUCUACAAUAUGGUCGAAAGUGUGGCGAGGUGAGAAAAAAGAAGAUUUUUUGGCACUUUUAUGUAAUGCAAACGCUUACCAAAGCGUUUUAAAGAUUUUGAGAGAAUUUGGGGACAAAUUUUUUUGAAAUUUCGAAUUUCCCGCCAUUUUUGGCAUUGUGCCCAACCUGUCAAAAAUGCCCCCAAAAGUCGGAAAUAAUAAAAACAGACGGUAAUAGAAGUCAUUUCCCUGUUUUAAAUGUCAUUUUCGGUUUUGAAAUUAUAUUUCUGACACUUUUAUAUUGUACAUGAGAUCAAAUAUCAUUUUAUUUUUUGUCUGUUUUUGCAGAAACGAAAAAUACAAAACCUUCGAAGAGGAGACAGAAGAGAUGGUCAACAGCCAUUUCCCAUCAACCGAAGAUAUAAAUCGAAUCAUGUUCAAGACAUGUGACCCGCAUCCCGCACAGUGCAGUCAUAUUGAAGAUGGUGAGAAUUUUUCGAUUUUUUUGGGAAUAAAAGAACUUGAAAAGGAAAGGGAUGAAAGAAUACGGAUUGAGGAGAUAGCCAGCGAUGUUUUGAUCAACUUUUUUUUAUUGAGAAUAGGAGAUAAAAGUUGUGCUUUAAGAAUUUAAAUUUUUUUGUCGUUUGACCCCUUCUUGCAGAAGUUAUUGCGUUCGAGAAUGACUUAUGGCCUCUUUAAAUUAUUUGAGGCUUCCUUGUGAUCUGCAUAUUACGUUUUCUUGUCAAAAAUUUUGAUUUUUAACCACGAAUGUCUCAUGGAUAAUAUACAGUGGGGGACCUGAUCCAGUGGCAAAAAAUGUAGCAUUUUGCAUCCGGAAAGUAUAAAAAAUGUGACAAAAUGCCUCCCUCUCCAUGUGAAAAAACUACGAUUUCAAAGGCGGCUCUUUUUGUGAGGGAAAACGAAGUUUUUUUCUCUUGAAGAGGGAGACAUUUUGCCACAUUUAUUGAUACUUGCCGGAUGCAAAAUGGUACGAUUUUUGCCACUGGAUCAAGUCCUUCACUGUAAAUGAAUAUUUUUUUUUCUUCCAGAUGAAUCCGAACAGACAGUCAUCAUUCGAGCCAGAAACGAGCUCUCCGAGGAAGAGGAGCUCAAACAACGCCUCCUCGGCUACCUCGAACAGAACACCAGCGACUUGGCGGACCUCACAAAAAUCGCCCUCAAAAUCCGCACGAAGGGAAUCGAGGUGCAGCAAAGUCUGAACGCCUCCUACGACUCGGAGCUCCGCCAAAACCGCAGCCGCUCGUCGGAGCCGCGCUUGAAAUGGCCCGAAAUGUUGCCCCUCUACAAACGACGUCGCACCCGAAGUUCGGACGUGAACGUCGUGAACAGGGUCACAAAUAAUGUGGGAGUCCGAUUCACACGCACCGUGGAGUACGAGGACACCGAAAGCAGCAGUACGGCGUCGAAAAAUUCGGACAAAGAGAACCGCAAUGACCUCAGGGCCAUUGGAAGCGAAAAUCGAAUUGGCUCAAUCCAAACGAAUAGGGUUUUGAAUGGCACUGAAGCGAGAUUUGAACUCGAUUUUGAACAGAAUGAUGACGAAAGUGAUGCGUUUUAUGGAAUCAAUUCGAACCAAGGCGUCUCCAAACUUUUGCAACGCUUUACAGAUCUGAUUGAGCUUAGAAGACGACUCAUUGCGGCCUUGGUUAAAUUGACUAUGAAGAAUAAGAGCCAAAAAGAUGUCUGGAGGGCCGCCAGGGAGCCGGGCGUAGCGGUAGACACCCCGGAUUACUGUAGAAGUACCGUAUCCAAAAGGGUCGCACAAAAAGAAUCGAGACAGGGAUUGUUGUCCAAGUCGAUGAGACUACGGCUCCUAAGACAGCUGGACUUGAUGGAAGAAGCGGAGAAGGAGGAAUUUUUGGAAAAGAGGUCUACUAAAGGUCAUGGAGAAGAUGUGAAGAAUUCGGGUAGAGGAAAUGGAGUUGAAAAUCGAAAUGAAGAAGAAAUGACCGUCUCAGAGAACGAAGAAGCCGAUGGAGCUCGAAUUCGGCGAAGCUCGAGACUAUCGACCGGUCGAAAACCGAAUUUCCCAGAGUCGGGCACCAAAACCCCAAUGGAUAAUAUAAAAUCGGCCGAGGAGCAAAUAAAGUUGAACGGAAGGAAGAAACGCCCAAUUGACGAGUAUUUGAGGAAGGUCACGGAGAUCCCGGAGAAUGAUUUCGCCAACAGAUCGGACAUCUUGUCCUUGGCCAAGCUGACUCAAACCGAAAAAAGUUUUAUCCAAAAAGAGAAGGCGGACCGGAAACAGCGCGCAAAGCAAAGAAAAAUCUACAAACGAAUGUGCGACGAGAUCAACGGACUCGAAGUCAGUGUUCAGCUGCAGGAGACGAUCAACGAAAGAGAGCAAAAACAUAUCGAUGAAGAGACGAAAGAUCGCCUGUUUAAUAUUGAAUUGGCCUUCAGAAGACUGAAAUGUCUAGCGUUGAAGGUGAGAUAAUGCUGGGUUUGGAGGGUAUUGGACAUGAUAGAGGCAGAAGUGACGAGAUUUUGAAAUUAAAGAAAAAAAUCUAUCAAAAAUGAAAAAAAAACCAAGGCUAGUCAUGGGUAAAGUAAAAGCUUGACCGAAAAGCCUCAAAAAGUUUUGCAAUUUCAUUAAAGUCUAUUUUACACUCUCCAUAUCUCAUGAAAUUCUCAUUUUUAUCACUUUCCACCAAUUCCGCGCCCCUAAAACACAAUGCCAAAAAAUGGCGGGAAAUUCGAAUCCAAAUCUAUCAGUCCGUCGGGAAAAUAAUGAACACUCCGUCGCAUUGAAAAUCGCAUCGCCCCCGAGAAAUUGAAGUGUGACAAAAUUAAAUUGCUUUUCACUUUAGCAAUGUGAUUGGCCCUGCGACUAUCAGUCUGUCGGGAAAGUAAUGAGCACACUGUCGCUGCGCCAAUCGCGUCGCUGAAGUGAAAAGCAAUUUGAUUUUGCACAAUUCAUUUUCUCGGUGGCGAUGCGAUUUUUGACGCGAAGGAGUGCUCAUUAUUUUUCCGACAGACUGAUGGAAGUUUGAAUUCGUAUUUCCCGCCAUUUUUGGCGUUGUGUUUUAAGGGCGCGAAAUUGGUGGAAAGUGAUAAAAAUGAGAAUUUGAUGAGAUAUGGGGAGUGUAAAAUAGGCUUUAAUGAAGUUGCGACACUUUUUGAGCGUUUUCGGUCAAACAUUUAUGUUAUCCAUGAUGAUCUUUGGUUUUUGGUAAUUUUUUGAUAGAUUUUUGAAUAUUGUAAUUUAUAGGUUAUAAAUCACAUAUAACUGACCUUUUUGACUCUGCGAAAAAAUUUUUGUUUUAGGCGGGAAAAUCGUAAAUUUUAUCCAUAAAAUAAUGUAAUUCCAUUCCAGGUGCACUCCGUCCUCGACCCACAGAACCAUAAGCGUUUCUGCGAACGUCUGGCCCAGGUUCAGUCGGCUCGGCCAGACCUUUUAUUCCGAAUGCGCGACGAUUUCACCAUCGGGUAUCUGUUUGAUGUCCCAGAAUACGAAGCGGCCUUCCAGAAGAAGGAACCCUACAGCAAUGGGACCAUCAAGAUGGUACCAACCGCCGAGGAACUCGACUUUCUUUUUGAGGUAUGAUUUUUUCAAAAAAUACGAAUUUUUUUUUUGUAAAAUGCGAUUUUUGUUGGAGUUUUGAUGAAUGGAAAUCACAAAAAGGAUGUGAGAAAUUAUUUUUGAUCCUUUUCAGAACAAAAAAGCGAAUCCGUACCGCAAAUCGGCGUUCAGUUUACCUUCCACCACCCCUCAGUCCGAAGUUGAGUCGGCGCAGCUCCGAAAAUACCGCCAACGGGAGCUGGACCGAACCCCAGCCGAACGCCUCAGCGAAUACAUGAACCUGUCGUUGUGCGCGAGAGCCCUGAUCCGAUUUGUGUACGCCAAACCCGAGUUGUCCCAUGAAAUGGCGUUGUUGUGAGUUUUAUAAGUUUUUUGGAGGAUUGGUGAAAGUUCAAGGGUUUUUGGAAGGUGUUUGAGGCUUGUGAGAGUAGAUUGAGCCAUUCAGGAUCUAUUUUGGGGUAUUGAGAGAAUGAAGGAGGGGUGGUGAAAAAAAUCAUGGGUGAUUUAUAAAAAAAUCAACCGAUUUAUUGCUAAUUUUUUUUGGAAACCCUUUAUAACGUUCUAUCCCAUUAUUUCAAAGUAUAAAAUCUAAAAUUCAUAAUAAAAGUAAAGUCAAAAUCACGGCUUCGGCUAUCCAGAACAUAAUAUGCAGCUUUAUUCUUCCAACAAUCAAGUUUUUUAUUAUGUACAAGGAGUAAUUUCAUCAAAAACUUCAAUAUUUUCUGUCUGCUACAACACCACAAAACCAAAAACUUCAAUUAAAAAAAAUCAAUCGCUUUCUUGCUAAAUUUUGUUCGGAAACCAUUCAUAACGUUCUAUUCCAUCAUUUCAAAGUAUAAAAUGUAAAAUGCCUCAAGUUCCUCUGUCAUUUCUGACCACUCUAACGUCAACCUCAAGUAUACAGCAAGGGAUCUGAUCCAUUGGCAAUAAACGCAUAAUUUUGCAUCCGGGAAGUAUCAAAAAAUCUGGCAGAAUACAGAUUUGAUAUUUUGCUACAUUUUUUGAUACUUCCCGGAUGCAAAAUGAUACGUUUUUUGCUGCUGGAUCAGGUCCGUCACUGUAUGCUUGAGGUUGAUGGUAGAGUGGUCAGAAAUGUCAGAGGAAUUUGAGGAAUUUUAGAUUUUAUACUUUGAAAAGAUGGGAUAAGACGUUAUAAAGGGCUUCCGAACAAAAUUUAGCAAGAAAGCGAUUGAUUUUUUUAUUGAAAUUUUUGAUUUUGUGAUGUUGUACUAGACAGAAAAUACUGAAGUUUCUGAUGAAAUUAUUGCUUGUACAUAAUAAAAAACUUCCUUGUUGGAAGAGCAAAGCUGUAUAUUAUGUUGUGGAUAGCCGAAGCCCGAUUUUUGAGUUUAUUUUUACCUCAAAUUUUUGAUAUUACAGUAGGUAGACUAGAAAAAAAAGAUAAUUUUUUUUGUUUGAAUUUGAUCUCAAUUGUUUUCUAUUUGUUUGAAGAAGUCAUAGAAAUAUUUUCAGUGUCACUCACCCGGCAUUUGAAGUCCUCAGCAACGAACAGGGAGACGAUAAAGGAUUCGUGACCUCAGUGUAUGAUGUUGCAGUGGAAAAAGCGAAGCAAAGAGUGCCGGUUGAAAAGCGAAAACCCCCCAAAUUUAGCUCCAAAGAAGAGGAAAGACAGUACUUUGAGGUAAGAGUGGUUAAUGAAUUUUUGAAGGGGAUUUUUAGAUUGUUUUAGGUGAAAAAAUGGGGAUUUUUAGGGGGAUUUUGAGGGUUUUUGGGGAAAUUUGAUAAUUUUUUGAGAUUUUUUGAGAUUUGUCGAAAAUUUAUGGGCCGAUUUUGCAGAAAAGGGCCAAACAGAUCAAGGAGAAGUUCUCCUCACUACUCACCAUCGACCAUAAACGCGUGGUCCUCGAAAAACGCUGCCUCCGCACGGUGCAACGCCUCACCGGCGAGCUGAAAAAGCAGGAAGACGUGAAGGAACAGCGCCGAAAGGACUUCCAAUCACUCUCAACCCGCUCGAAACAGAACUUCCUGAAGAGACAGCGAAUGUCCCGCUUCAAUCAGAAAACCAAAUUCGACCCAACCGUACCGGUGGAAGCCAAUCUCUCGGCCCCAUUGCCCGUCCCCGGCUUCGAACCAGAGGAUGAUGUGGACUUGGAGAAGCUCGGAAAUACUCCGUUUGGACAGUCACUGAGGUAAGCCGGAGGUUUUGGAAAGGGAUGGGAUUGAAUUUUGCUGAUUUUUUAUUUGAUUUUUUUGUCUAGUGCAAUGUAAUUAAUAUCGAGUUUUGAGAUAAUUUUGGGUUUAAAUUAACAAAUGAGCCUUGAUUAAGAAGAUUUAGGGCUUUGAAAUCAAAUUUAGGGGCCAUCCGUGGCUUAAUUUAUAGAAAAAGGAUAUUUUUUUUACCUAGUACAAUAUAAUUAAUCUCGGAUUUUGUGGUAAUUUUGGGUUUAAAAUAAUUUUUAAGGUUGGAAUAGGUGAAUUUAGGGAGUUAGAGAAAUACUCGGGAUCUGUAAGUACCAAAAUUUUCUGGAAAUGUCAAAAUUUUGUCUAGUACAAUAUAAUUAGUGUCGGAUUUUGUGGUUAUUUUGGAUUGAAAUUAACAAAUGAGCCUUGAUUAAGAGGAUUUAGGGCUUUGAAAUCAAAGUUACUAGCCGCAACAGUCAUAAUUCGUGGAAACAAGAGUUCUUGUCUAGUGUAAUAUAAUUAAUGUAAAAUUUUUGACCGUAUGUUGGGUUGUAGCGUGUUGAUUGCUAAAAUAAGAUGUAAUGAGGUCAAUGGAAGCGGUUUUGACUAAACGCACAAAAAUAUGAUUCAAAAAUUUGAAUUUCUCGCCAAUUAAAAAAUUUUUGGCAUUCUGUUUUAGGGGCCCUAUUUGAAGGAAAAUAGGUUUGAAAUGAAGAAAAAUAGGAUUAUGAGGGGAGAUUUAUCUAUGAACACGAAGAUUGCCAAAAAAUUUUACAUUUUUAUUAUCCAUAAGAAUUUAAAAAAUUUUUGAAAAUUUUUGCGAUUGUUUUAUUUGAUUUCUUAAUUUUAUGCCUAUUUCUUUUAGACAUGACAUCCUCAACCCAACGAAACAAAAACUCGAUAAGGACACGAAGAAAGGAGCCCACAAAACGAUCCGUGGAGGUAAAAGAGGCGGCCGAAGAGGAGGCAAACAGUAG